CCUUGGCCCUCCUCCCGCCAGCUGGGGGCGGAGCGAGACCCGCCCGCCCCCGCCGCGCAGGGCCAGGAUCGGCUGUCAGUCUGGCGGCGGCGCGCGCCGAUUGGACCGGCGGCCGCCGGGGAGCGGGGGCAGCAGGUUAGGGUGCGCGCUACUUAAGGUCCAGCUGCGAGAGCUAUUGACGUGUUUGGAGCUGGAGACUGUCGGGUCCCUGGCGGAGCGGCACCUCGAGCUGUUUCUCCAGCCUCCUUCCCAGCCUUUGAAGCGUGAUCGCCUGCACCUACACCCAGUUUCCUGCGUUGUCCUCGCCCCCUGCCCCUCGGCACCGUCGAAGGUGGAAGCAAGGUGUGUUCACCUGUGCCCGCCGUCCACGGUUCGACGGACGGGCUGCAUCGCGGAAGGCAGCGAGGUCUCGGGCUUGCAUUUCUCCGGCUUCUCCAUUCGAUUGCCCGCCUCCCCCCGUAAGAAGACUGUUAGGAUGCCAAUGGUAGCACGAAGACUGAGAGAUCCUGACAUAAAUCCUUGCUUGUUGAUCCUAUUCCACCUCUUAAAUGAUGCCUGUCUUACAUAUUUAAGGAAUCUGAUGCUUCUACCAGAUGUAUGGAUGAAAAUAACUAUGACAGGGAAAUGUGUUCCAAUUACUUCUUGAAGUACAAAAACUGCCGAAAGUUCUGGAAUUCUGUCAUGGUGCAGAGAAGACAGAAUGGAGUGAAGCCACCUAUGCCAACAGCAGCAGAAAGAAAUGAAAUCUUGGGAGCAAUGGGAAAGAUGCCCUAUUGAAUAUUUGCAUUAAAAUGAUUUAACUCCAAAGGAGAUAAAUAUUUUUAAUAAAUGAUGACUGUAAUCUUUUAAGACCGUACAAACCUUACCCAGACAGAUCUUAUAUUCCUUAAGGGGAGACAAACUUGAGUGAGCUAUGUGUCCUUUGUGUUUGCUCUCAGUGCCAUGAUGAUAGUGUGCCACUGUCGAGCUUGUGUGUCAGAGCUCACAGUACUUCCUGGAGUUACAGGGGUGUUAGGAAAGGCUACACGAGGAGCUGGGCUUUUCCUCUGGGUCUCGAAAGAAAAGUAAAGUAUGAGAAAGUAAAGACUUACCGAGGAGGUAAAGACUUAAUGGGGUGAAAAGAAGGCAGUAUUUCAUGUGAGCAACAACAUGCUAGAAGGAAAGCUCGAGACAAAUUCAGAGUUGUCUGUCCACUGUCCCACCUGAGUUUAAGCGGGUAGAGGCGUAAUGGCAGAGGUGACUGUGAGUGGCCUCAGAUCUGAGGCUCAUUACUAAGAUCUCUAUCCUUACUUCACUCACUUAUCUUGGUUUAAAUUGGGUCAGUGCAUUCGCUAGGCAGGAAGCAGGGCUGCAGGAAGGUUGCCUUAAGUAAAUGGCAUGCAAAAGAACUGGCUUGCUUGCUUUAAGAAAAGGUAUGGUUAAAGGACUCUGAGACUAAAAUCCAUAAAUAUUGGACAACCUUCUGAAGGCAUAGUAUUCUUGAACUAUGGUAGUGGGGGCGGAAACGUGAUUCUCUUAGAAGUAGGAUUUUUAUUUUCAGGAUGCAGUGGGCAGGGAAGGGUAUGGGGUUCAUCAGGUGAACACAACACUGGGAUGAAACUAGAGCUCAACUUCACUUUAUGAUAUGAAAACAAUUCCUAAGCCUAUUAGAGAAAGACAAGUAUCACAUGAUCUCACUUAUGUGUGGAAUCUAAUGAACAAAAUAAACUGAUGAACAAAAUAGAUCCAGAGACAUGGAAGCAUGCAACAGACUGAUGAAUCUCAGAGGGAAGCGGGGUGAGGGAGGGAGAGAUUAACCAAAGAACUUACAUGCAUGUAUGCAUAACCCAUGGACACAGAUAAUAGUGUGGUGAAAGCCUGGGAGGGUCAGGAGCUGGGUGGAGGUGGUCAAUGGAGGACAAAAAAGGGACAUCUGUAAUACUUUCAACAACAAAUAUUUUUAAAAAUAUUCAGUAUAGUGACGAGUGGAUUGCAUAGCAGCUCUCAUACCCUCCACUUUUAAAAAUCCAGUUUGCUUCAUUUAUAGAGUAGUUUUAUAAAAGACAUUUAAUAAUGGAAAAUCAACAAAAACAGUUUGUGUCCCUUUUCUUCAGGUGGCCCAUGAUCAUCAAAAACUAUAAUUUAUGGCUGCUGACAACAAACUAUCCAUCUGAUUGGUCUUUGUCCCAAAUUCAGCUCGGCUGUUUUUAAGCCAUAGAGGAUCGUCACUGGUACAUGUGAUUCUAUUUGAGUACAAUGUGAUUUCAUUUUGAGUAAAGUUGUAUUUGAAAUUCUG